AUUUUGGGGUUUUGCAAGGGUUCUGUACUUAGUGUGGAACUGGAACAGAUUACAGAUUCAUCUCUCAUGUUCUCUCUCUUUCUCUCUAUCACACACACACAUACAAAGUAAAUAGCGGUAAGAAUUCUUGGCAAGUCAUAAGAAAAGACCACAGACAACUUAAGAAGAUUUUAACCAUUGACUUGAGCUUCUAAAAGGGGAAACUGUCAAGCUGUCAGCAUGCACCUGAACGCGGCUCUCCGGAACGCCGGGCUCUGGAUCCUUCUCAAUUUAGCGUCCGGUCAUCUGACUGAACAACAAGCAUCAGACAUUGUGGACAUUCAUAAUGAACUCCGCUCGCAGGUUCAGCCCAGUGCUGCCUUCAUGCAAAAAGUGGUGUGGAAUGAAGCGGUGCGUCUGGUGGCAGAAUCAUAUGCAGCAAAAUGUAUCUGGGAUCACAACCCUGCACUCCCGAACCUCACAAUGGGAGAAAACCUCUAUGUAACAACUGGACCAUUGAAUAUAACCAAAGCAAUGUUGAAGUGGUUCGAAGAGAAUCGCGAUUAUGACUUUGAUAGCAACUUUUGUAAUGAAGGCAAAAUGUGUGGCCAUUACACUCAGAUGGUGUGGGCGACCAGCACACAAAUCGGAUGUGCUGCUCAUUUAUGUGGAACCAUUGAGGGUCUGGAUUAUAAGAAUGCCACGCUGCUGGUCUGUGAUUACUACCCGCGAGGAAAUUAUGAAGCACAGAGACCAUACGAGCAAGGAAAGUCUUGUUCAAAGUGUCCAGAUGAUCUGCCAUUGUGUGAGGCGAACAUCUGUGUGAAACUUCUUCCAUCUGAGGAGCCAGAAUAUGAUGUCACACAGCCCACAAUCCCACCUGACACUGCACAGGAGUCCACCGCUGUUACUGAAAAAGACACAACAGAGGACAAAAAGAUAUGGAAAGUCACAACGAGUAGAUCAGAGGUGGAGGGAAGUUCAGCUCCUGAAGACACAACGGAGGUCACAGAAACACGAAAAGUCACAACGAGUAGAUCAGAGGUGGAGAGAAGUUCAGCUCCUGAAGACACAACGGAGGACACAAAGAUACAAAAAUCCACAACGAGUAGAUCAGAGGUGGAACAAAGUUCAGCUCCUGAAGACACAAUGGAGGACACAAAGAUAUGGAAAGUCACAACGAGUAGAUCAGAGGUGGAGGGAAGUUCAGCUCCUGAAGACACAACAGAGGUCACAGAAACACGAAAAGUCACAACGAGUAGAUCAGAGGUGGAGAGAAGUUCAGCUCCUGAAGACACAACGGAGGACACAAAGAUACAAAAAUCCACAACGAGUAGAUCAGAGGUGGAAAGAAGUUCAGCUCCUGAAGACACAAUGGAGGACACAAAGAUACGGAAAGUCACAACGAGUAGAUCAGAGGUGGAAAGAAGUUCAGCUCCUCUGCUGAUGGGUGUUUGGAUUUUGGCAGCUCUCAUUCUGUGAUAAAAGUCUUUCUGUAUCAUAAACACCCAUACAUUUCAGAUUUGACAAUAUGUGACCUUUAAGUGAAAUUGUGCUUAAAACAAGCAAAAAUAUUUGCCAAUGGGGUGAGAAAAAAAUAUUGAAAUAAGUUAAUUCACUUAAUUCAAGAACAAUUUUCUCACCCCAUUUGUUGAUAGUUUUGUUUCAUUUUGUUUUGUCUGUUAUUGUGUUUGUCUGCAAUGUUGGUGGUGUAAUGUAGGGCUGCUUUAAACAAAGCGAGAGAGAGGAGAAUGUGCAAAAAGGUUUAUUUUUAAAUCCCAAAAGGGCGGGCAAACAAAUCCAAAGGGGCAAUCCAAAAAAGUAAUCCAAAAAUGCAGGCAAGAUCAAAACCAUGAACAAGAACACAAAACAAGACAUAAACCGUGAAACAGGACACUAACAAUGACCAUGAAACGCUCAGAACUGCAGCUGUUACACAUACAAUACUUCACUGUGUGAUGUGGAGAUUAAACCGGUUUUAUAGGGACAAACAGGAAGUGAAAUGUGACAUGACAAGAAUUCAAAAUACAAGACCUGAAACAGAACAUGUCAAAAUAAAAGAACUAAACACAAAACCAAACAAAACACAAGACAAAACCCUUACAGGUGGAUAUUGGUAGUUUUUAAGGUUGUUAGUCCUCCAAUAUGUAUUAUUUUUGUUGCUUUGAAAUUCAUGCCUGAAUUUCAACUUUUUUAAUGGUUUAUGAUCAGGGUUAAAUUGCUAUUGUUUUAUAUUUAACCCCUUAUUAUAGGUCAGCAUCUUUUUACAGUAUUCUGUGUAGAAUCAUAAGCACUUAGCCAACUUCUGAUCUGUUCAUCUCAAUAUCAGUCUUCUUAAGUUUACAGUAAAGGCAGUUAUUUUGCCUCAUAUUAUUUUAUAUUAUAUUAUACAGCCUAUUAUUUGUUGUGGAGCGUCUGACACAGCAGUCAUAAUGCUUUUGCAUGACAAUCAUGCCUUUAAAUAGAUUUGCAGACAUUCAUUAAUGUUAAUUAUAACUUGAAAAAUGUAUUACAUUUGUAUACUAAGGUACCCUAGUGUGUGACUAUAUCAUAUAUGUUCAGUAUGAUUAUCAUUUACAGUAUAUUGUGUUCUUACAGUAAAUUCCAACUGUCUAAGAAAUGAAAUAGGAGGCAACUUGAAUUAAAAUGACCUAAAUGAACUUUAGUACUAUUGUUAAGAGAUUAUUAUUUAUUAUAAUUAUUACAUCCCAUUCUUUAAGUCAGGGUAUUUCAAACAUUAUGAUGGCAGGGACCCCCACAUAUAAUGAAACUUAAGUGAGGGACCCCUUUUGAUAUAUAUCCAUCUUUUUAUAUAGAAACAUUUCAACUGUGUUAGAUUAAUAGUUAUUGUUGUAUGUUAAGGACAGCACAUUUUUUUUACAAAUUUAAAUAAUUGGCAACACAGACUUUUUACUAUUUUUACCUUUUUCUCUUUUUCAACUUUUCCUUUUUCACUUGAAAUUUUGAGGACCCCUUAGAACCAUUUUGGGGACCCCUGGGGUCAUAUUUUUCUUAGGUUUGCACUGAUUGUCAAUAACAAUUAUUGACCAUUAAUAAUCAUUAUUAUUAGCAAUAUUUACGCUAUUAAAAGUUACUAUAAACACAACAGAUGGCACUAGAUGGCAGUAUAACUCAAUAAAUAUAUUGAUAUAGGUCAAUGGUCUCAAAGUGUGGAUUUUAUUUCAGCAAUUCAAAACAAAAUGCUUGUCAGAUAUGCUAAUGUAACAAAAUACACUAAAAACCUACACAACUCUGCAAAUGUGAAUGUAAGAAAUAAAUCUGAUGUCUGGUUAGGAGCCGACAGUAAACUAAAGAUGAUGCAGUUUUGACUGACAUUUCUGGAUCAAAUCAAGUGUCUCUUUAUAAAGGCAAAAGAUAAAGAAACAAGCAA